CAAAGAUGUCACCAAUUAAUAAAGUCUGUGCCGUAUGUGGAGAUAAAGCGUUGGGUUACAAUUUCAACGCAGUUACAUGCGAAAGCUGCAAAGCAUUCUUUCGCCGUAAUGCCUUAGCUAAAAAACAAUUCACCUGUCCAUUCAGCCAGAACUGCGAAAUUACGGUGGUUACUCGUAGAUUUUGUCAAAAAUGCCGUCUUAAGAAAUGCUUAGACAUCGGCAUGAAGAGCGAGAAUAUAAUGUCAGAAGAAGACAAAAUGAUAAAGCGUCGCAAAAUAGAGACAAAUCGCGCCAAACGUAAAUUAACAGAACGUAGCCAAGCAGGUGGUGAUGGUGAUGAGGAAGGCAAUGUAGAGGGUCCAGGUAACAUUGCAGCGGCAGCAGCCGAUAGCAGUGGAUAUGAUGCAGGAUUAGCAGCAGCAAAUUAUGACUCGCGUAGCUGUGGUUCAUAUGACAGUAGUACAGGUUCGGCUAAGGUAUCUGCAAAUGACCCAUCAAGCUCCAAUUUGACAUUCGGAGAUAAUAUGGCCAAUAUUAAUCCAGAGCUCAUGACUGGCGAGGAAAUGGUGGAAUUUAUCGUAAGUGAUCCGGACCGUGCCUCACAAGCUAUCAGCAAACUAAUGCGUACACCUGCUGAAGCAAUGUCAUCGUUAGAGAAAAUAAUCAACUCCCAAAAAGAUGCUUUGCGCUUGAUAUCACAUCUUAUCAACUAUCCAGGCGAUGCUUUGAAGAUAAUUAGCAAAUUUAUGAAUUCCCCAUUUAAUGCCUUAACAGUAUUCACCAAAUUCAUGAGUUCACCCACCGAUGCAUUAGAGAUUAUAUCGAAAGUCGUUAGUUCGCCCCAAGAUGUUUUACAAUUUAUCAAAAACCUUAUGGACUCGCCUGAAAAUGCCAUGGAUAUAAUGAAUAAAUUUAUUAACACUCCGGCAGAGGCGUUAAGGAUGUUGAAUCGAAUUUUAAAUAAUGUGGGCGACGAAUCACAACAGACUUUAUCCAGUGGCGAUUCAACAAUAGAGCCAACCACACCGAAUACUGCAGGAGAAUGUAAGACCGAUGAACAAAUUACCAUGACAAAUACUUUAACAGCAACUGUAACAAGUUUAACAACUGCUGCAUCACAAACCGCGACACCAGAUAAUACUUUAAUACAUUCUAUGCUUAAUUAUCCAAGUCCAAAUGAUUUAAAUUCAAAUAUUUUGCCACCGAUUACAUCGCCAUCGCCCAGUACACCAUAUUCGUUGGAUUGUAACAGUUAUGUUACCCCACCACCUUCGGCGCCAGAACCUUUGUGUAUGGUGGCAUCACCUCUAGACUAUCAAAAUUCGUCACCCGCUAUUACCAACAGUGGUCCUUCGUCGAUUGUAUCGUCUCAUGCUGACGAACAACCUAGCACUUCAAAUGUGGGUCUUCUAUCUCCAUCAGAAGUCGAUGCUGCAGCUGCUGCCGAAUUUGCCAGUGAACAUUUUGAUAUCAAAACAUUCAUACAAAACUCAUUUCCAGAAAAUGCAACGGGCCACUAUACGCCUGGUGAUAGUUUAAAUUCCUUAGAAACAGUGUUAACCGAAGUAAUACGAAUAGAAUUUCAAGCAUUCAAUAACUUACCACCCGAUCCACGAGUAAAGCAAGAACAUUUCAAUAAUAAUAAUAACAUGAUGGGGCUUAAUAGUGCAUCAUCAUAUGGCACUGGCUGUGCAAAAAAUGUAACUUGCAUGCCACAACAACAGCCUCUACAAUGUCAACAACAAGUGUGCUCUCCUUCUAGCGUCAGUAUGUCAAGAGAUUUAAACGAAACUGAAAUGAUGAAGCUGCGUGAGUUAAAAUUAGCCAGUGAAGCUCUUUAUUUGCCCGUUGAUGAUGACUUGAGUGUUUUAAUGAGCGACGAUAGAAUAAAGCCAGGAGAUAGUCAUCAAGAUCCAAAAUUGCUACAAGUAAUUAACUUAACAGCAGUUGCAAUAAAACGUCUAAUAAAAAUGGCAAAGAAGAUAGCUGCCUUUCGUGAUAUGUGCCAAGAGGAUCAGGUUGCCUUACUAAAAGGCGGAUGUACGGAAAUGAUGAUUAUGCGCUCCGUAAUGACAUAUGACUAUGACCGCAAUACCUGGAAGAUACCCCAUACCAAAGAAGAUAUGUCAAAUAUCAGAGCAGAAGUUUUAAAAUUGGCCAAGGGCAAUGUCUAUGAAGAACAUAUAAAGUUUAUAAGUACAUUCGAUGAAAAAUGGCGCAUGGAUGAAAAUAUUAUUUUAAUAAUGUGUGCGAUUGUGCUAUUCUCUCCAACACGGCCACGUAUUAUUCAUUCCGAUGUUAUACGUUUAGAGCAGAAUUCCUAUUAUUACCUUCUGCGAAGGUAUUUGGAAUCUGUCUAUCCCGGCUGCGAGGCCAAAUCGGCUUUUAUAAAACUAAUACAAAAAAUAUCAGACGUUGAACGUUUGAAUCAAUUUAUAAUUGGUGUCUAUUUAAAUGUAAAUCCAUCACAGGUUGAACCUUUACUAAGAGAAAUAUUUGAUUUGAAAAAUCAUUAAAAUUUUAAUAUUGUUGUUACCUCAAAUGUCCUUAAUUCCUACAUCAU